AUUCUUCACUGGGUUUUUGUAGGGUUUUACUUUCAAAAUCCGAUAUAUACUAUUAUAAUUUUUAUAAAAUACUCUCAGAAUAUCCGCCAUGGGAGCUAACACAUCAAGUCCACAAAACCCUAGCGACCAAGUCCAUUCUCAACCCAUAAACACAUCCGCAACUCCCUUAAAUUCCCUAAACCCCAAAAUGGACUCAAAUCAAAACUCAGAUCCCAAAAUUCCUGAUAACCAAAAUCCAGUAAACUCCGAUCAACCCGGAAACCCAGAUGAAAAGGGUCGAGUUAACGAUCAAGAGAGAGAAAAUGCGGAAGAAGAAGAAGAAGAAGAGGAAGGAGAGUGUGGGUUUUGCUUGUUCAUGAAAGCAGGAGGUUGUAAGGAUUCAUUUAUAGCAUGGGAACAGUGUGUUGAAGAAGGGGAGAAAAACAAGGAAGAUAUUGUUGAGAAAUGCUUUGAAGUUACAUCAAGUCUGAAGAAAUGUAUGGAAGCUCAUUCAGAUUAUUAUGCGCCCAUUCUUAAAGCAGAGAAAUCAGCUGAAGAAGAGCUUAAAAAUGAAAUUGAGGAGACUGCAGAAAUUGAAGUUCAAAAGGAGGCUUAAUUUUAGGGUUUUUUUUUCUAAUCUUUUGUUGGUUAAAAUUGGGGGAAUUUGUUGAUGAUAAUAGAAAGUGAUUGUUAACUGAAGAUUGAAGAUUGGAGGAGUUCCUUUCUGGCAUAGAGUGUUUCUGUAUCUGGAUAUUUCGACAUAUAAAGGUUUCUUUGGAUUCAAAGCAACAACCCGACAAACCUGAUGCAAUAAGAAUUAGACGUUACAUAUUUGACUCGACCUAGCAAACUUGAGAACGUUUGUGACGAACUGAUUGUUCAAGUUCUGUCCCAAAUCAUUCAUAGUUGUUGUGUUGCUUGCAGUAUAGCACAGGAAGCUAUAUCACUUGUAAUUUGUUCGGUUGGUCUUGUCUUUGGUUCAAUUGUGCAUGGCUUGUUCACUGAAAGAUGUAAAACUGCAUUAUGAAUUGCUCCUAUGUUAAAUAAUUGUGUAUGAUGCUUUUCAGCCAUCCUGUAUUUGCAAUCUUUUAGAUCUAAAAUUGUAUUUGAUGUCUGAUAUCAUAAUUGCUAGGGUAUCAGAUGAUUGGUGCCUUGUGGCCUGUGGGUUCGUACUCGGUACAAUUAUGCAAAAAUAAGGCCACAUCACCGAACCAUAAUAGAUUUAUGAGUUUACCACGGUCAAACAUUGACCACAAAAUCCGUUUCGCAAACCGUUACUGCAGCUAUGACUUGAGAAUAACCUACAGUGAUUGCUUAAGGGCCCUCUGCAUCUUCACAACAAUGUAUUCAUCAAACUUAAUUUCAUCAAAUGGCUGAAACAUAAGCAAAAUUUUAGGAUUUGAAUGUACGUAAUAUUAUCCUUGUAAGGAAUAGCAAAAUGAACAAAGUAAAUAAGACAACAUCUUCCAUAUCUAGCUAGGAUAGUAUUAAUAAUGUGUUUAUAGAACUAAUUACAAUCGUAAAGGAAUUAAAAUGGAGGUUUGAUGACGAAGAAAAGAGCUAAAAAGGGGAAUACAUUUGGCUCACUAACAAAUGACCAAGGACUAGUGUAUUUAUAGGAAAUGUUAGGGCUUAAUACGAAAUAAGGUGGGGCAGCAUCACAAAUAGGCAGAAAAUGGACAUAAGCCGCUACUGCAAGCCUGCUCGUUUGAGUAUGAUGGCUGCUUGUUCGAGCAGGUAUAGGGCAGGAGCCUUUUGGACGUUUUUUGGCUUCUUUCACGCGUUUUAUGGUCCUCACUUUGUCCCUACAGAUUUAAUGAUCUUGGUACACAUAUCUUAAGCAAAAUGCUAGCCUUGAUGCCCAAAGAUCCUCCAUCUAAUGAUUGCAACGAUGAAAUGUACUAUGUUGAUUCUCCCUCAACCAAUCUCAAGAGCACAUUUGGAGAACAAGUUGAUUAAUUUGCUUAAUCAAGUCCUAACAUUUGGUAAAUAUAAGUCACGAAAUAUAAAUUGCAAUACUGCGUUAAUUGUACUUCAGUUGUUAUAAAAAAAAAGCUCCUUUUAUUAGAGAGUAUUGUUAAUGUUGAAAAUAAAACACAAUCUCUCUUGAAAUGGAUAAAGACUACUCCUACUUGAACUUCAAUUAAUCAAUUUGUGGUUACAAUUAAGUUAUUAAAAUAAGUAAUUAAUGAUAAUAGAAGUAGUACACCGGUCAUGGAAAUUGUAA